GAGAGAGAGAGAGAGAGAGAGAGACCAACAGAUGUGGGCUAUACGCACAGCUGAUUUACUUUAGAUUAGUGAUGACAAGCGCCAACACGGAUGCAAUCAGGCCAUGUAAAAGGUGCUUUGGGAUGCUAAGAGCUAAAGGCUAAAUGUUAGCAUCUUUGCAACUGCCAGUGGGGAGGAGGAACGGACCAGGGUACUCUCGACGUGUUGGAGACUAUUUUAUUUCCAAAAAGAGCCGGGAUUUCACCGCCAGGAUAAAGGACAGCUUUGGUUUUGUUUUUUGCCAAAUUGAACACUCUGGAUUAUUUUUGCAGGGGAGUUAAAUAUUAUUUCUUCGUUUUGAGGGGGAUGCGUUUUACAAUAGCCAUGGCUUCAUGUCAUGUGGGUAUGCAACCUCUGCCGUAAGCAGCAGGAGAUUCUCACCAAGUCAGGAGAAUGGUUUUCUGGACCAGGGGUCCGUCCUACCAGCGCCAACCUGAACGACCGGGGCAGCGUGGGCGUUGAGGGCGCCCGGGACAGGAAGAUGCUGCGCUCCCGGUCGGUGGCGCAGCCGUCCUCCGCCUCCAACGCCAACUCCAGCCCCCCCGACGGGGGGCCUCAGGCACCCAACGCCGUCAACGCGGCGGGCAAGGGCGUCGACGCCGCGGUCAACUCGCGGUCCCAGAGCGAGCCGCCCCGAGACAAGAAGCGGCCGGUGUCGCUGCAUGAGCAGAACGGUAAGCCCAGCGCGGGGCGUGGCGGCGGCGGCGGCGGGGGGAGCGGGCGCCGGCCCGGGGGGAAGCUGCCCGGCCAGACCUCCCUGGAGGACCGCCCCUCCCACCGCGGGGAGCGGGGCGCCGACAGCCGGCGCCUGGAGAAGAUCCACUCGCAGGACUACGACGAGGGCAAGGACGACGCGGACCGGGAGAAGCGGGAGCGGCAGCGGCGGGAGGAGGAGUUCCAGGCGCGGUACCGCAGCGACCCCAACCUGGCCCGCUACCCCGUCAAGCCCCAGAAGGAGGAGCAGGAGAUGCGCAUGCACGCCAAGGUGUCCAAGGUGCGGCACGAGCGGCGCCACAGCGACCAGGCCAUCAACGAGGUGGGGCUGGGGCCCGGCGACGGAGGGGGGGGCGGGCACUCGGGAGACAUGCCGGAGCACCGCCUCCGCAGGAGGUACUUCGGGUCGGACGGCAAAGGCCCCCCCGAGAACGACUGGGCGGGCUACGAGGGCGAGAGGGGGGCGGCGCCGGCGGGAGGCGGCCCGCCCAGAGCGGGGUCGGUGUCUCCGGAUUGGGGGGCGACCAAGGGGCGGCAGGAGCCGGCGGGUCCGACCAGGGGCGGCGGCGGCGGCGGCAGCAGGGACGGCGGCAGCAGGGACGGCCUGCUGAGGAAGGACUCCCAGAGCUCCGACCAGUCGGAGACUCUGCGCCCGCCCCCGCCGCGGCCGUACAAGAGCAAGCGCGGCGGCCACAAGAGGCAGAUGUCCAUCAGCAGCUCGGAGGAGGAGGGCGGCUCCACGCCCGAGUACACCAGCUGCGAGGACGUGGACAUGGAGAGCGUCAGCGAGAAAGGCGAUUGGGACUGCUAUCCUCUUGAUCCUGCCGUAUGGCAUCACCCAGUGACGUGGCUGCAGUCUAAGGAGGGUGACCAGAUGAUCGGACGCAUCACUCUCAGCAAGCGGUCGGCCAUGCCCCGGGAGGCCGGCUCCCUGCUGGGCCUCAAGGUGGUGGGGGGCAAGAUGACAGCGAUGGGCCGACUGGGGGCCUUCAUCACUAAAGUAAAGAAGGGAAGCCUCGCAGAUGUUGUGGGCCAUCUGAGAGCAGGCGACGAAGUACUGCAGUGGAACGGGAAGUCGUUGCCGGGAGCAACCAAGAAAGAGGUGUACAACAUCAUUCUGGAGUCGAAGGCCGCGCCCCAGGUGGAGAUAGUGGUGUCCAGACCUGUAGGAGUUAUUCCGAGAAGUCCCGAAUCGUCCCACCCUCCUUUAGAAUCGACGGGCUCCAGUUCGUUUGAGUCCCAGAAGAUGGACCGUCCCUCCAUUUCAGUGAUGUCUCCCACCAGCCCAGGGACCCUGCGAGACCACCCGCAAAUACUGCCGGGACAGCUCUCUGUGAAGCUGUGUUACGAUAAGGUGGGCCAUCAGCUGAUUGUCAACGUCCUUCAAGCCAUAGACCUGCCGCCCAGGCCCGACGGUCGACCUCUGAACCCCUACGUCAAGAUGUACUUCCUCCCCGACAGAAGCGAUAAGAGCAGGCGGCGGACGAAGACGGUGAAGAAGAGUGUGGAGCCCAAAUGGAACCAGACCUUCCUGUACUCCCACGUCCACCGGAGGGACUUCAGGGAACGCAUGCUGGAGAUCACCGUGUGGGACCAGCCCCGCGUGCAGGAGGAGGAGAGCGACUUCAUGGGGGAGAUCCUGAUCGAGCUGGAGACGGCCGCCCUGGACGACCUUCCUCACUGGUACAAGCUGCAGAGCCAUGACGUUUCCUCCCUGCCUCUUCCCCAGCCCUCGCCAUACCUGCCGCGCAGACACCUGCAUGGAGACAGCCCCAGCAAGAAACUGCAGAGGUCCCAUCGCAUCAUUGAUACUGAGUUUGAUGAUGGUUUAUCGGUAGUGUCUAAAGGUGCGGAGCGCAGCUCCAGGGAGCUUGAGAGGGGCAGCAGCACCCUGGAGGUCCCGGAGCAGCAGAGACCCCCGCAGCACCGCUCGCGCUCCGUCUCCCCCCACCGGGAGGACUCCUGCAAGGCCCGCUCCAGACCCGCACACGUACCCAUGCAGAGGAGCCUGGACGAGAUCCACCACAACCGCAACCACUCCCUGUCCCCGGCCCGUUACCAUGACACCCACCUGGAGCGCCAACGCUCCGGGGACUCGGACUACGAGUACUCCGAGGACAGUGAGGUCCUGGAGACGCACAGGUCUAUCCGGGGCGGGAGCGCUGAGUGCCUGCACACAAACAGCAGGGGCGUGGGUAGACACAGCAGCCCCACGCUGCCUCCCAAAAUGCCCCUGCUCGUUAACGGUAUCCAUAAAGGCAUUUACAGCUCCACGCUGCCCGUGUGCCUAAAGGCCAAGGCGGCCGGGGUGUGUGGUAGGCAGGAGGCCGUUAGCGCCGGGCCGCGCCCUCUCCUCCCCCAACGCGUGCUCAGGUUCACUGACGAGGUCCCGGGCAGCCUCCCCCAGCCUCCGCCACCACCAUCCCUGAUCCUCCCCCACUACCUGCCUCCCCCCCACCCUUCCAGCCCCUCCACCCUCCAGGCGUACUGCAGUAGGGCGGAGGCCUCGCCACCUGCAGGCCGCUGUGAUUCCCACCAGAGCGAACUCCCACGGCACCUCUCCUACAGGGUCUCCCUCGUCAGGACGCAGGGGCAGGCAGCUGCCACAACUCCCUGCCAAAAGCAGCAGCAUCGAGCAAGCCCUUGCAGCAGAGGAGCGAGCCCGACUGGUGAAGAUGAAAGUACAUUCCUACCGGCCCUCGGCCCCCCCGUGCCCGAGACGGACCUCAAGACCAAACGCGAGAUGUACGCUGAGAGGAGGCGCAGCAGUGACAACAUGUCCGCCCGGUCGUCAGACAGCGAUAUGAGCGACCUGUCGGCCAUGUCUCGCGCCAGCAGCAUCUCCCGCCUCAGUAGCACCAGCUACAUGUCCAUCCAAUCAGAGCGACCCAGGGGCCGGCUCAGGUCCAAGUCGUUGGAGGAUGAGAAGAAGGACAGGAGGAUCUCGUGGGGGGUGAACGGGAUGGAUGAGGGGAGCAGGAGGUCGGCGGGGAAGAGACGCUUCUCCCAGGAGCUGAAGCGCCGCCGACACACGGUGACCGGGGAGACGGAGGAGUCCAGCCGUCAGAUGCGGGCGUCUGCGGGCCGCACCAUGCUGAAGAGCUCCAGCGUCAGCGGGGAGAUCUACGCCCAGGAGCGCACCGACGGCAGCCAAUCGGACACGGCGCUGGGCACGGUGGGGGGCGGGGCCAAGAAGCGGCGCUCCAGCUUCAGCGCCCGCGUGGUCGCCAUCGUGGGCAACCGCCGCAGCCGCAGCACCUCCCAGAUCAGCGGCCCCGAGGGGAAGAGUAAGAAGGAGAAAGGCGCACCCAUCCAGCGGAGCACGGAGACUGGGAUGGCCGUGGAGCUGAGCCGGAACAUGAGCCGGCAGCCCAGCCGCGAGUCCAACAACGGCAGCAUGAACAGCUACAACUCGGAGGGGAAUUUGAUCUUCUCCGGGGUGAAUCUGGGGGCCAACAGUCAGUUCAGCGACUUUCUGGACGGCCUGGGACCGGCUCAGCUCGUGGGCCGGCAAACACUGGCCACGCCCGCCAUAGGUGACAUCCAGAUCGGCAUGAUGGACAAGAAAGGCCAGCUGGAGGUGGAGGUGAUCCGGGCACGAGGCCUCGUCCAGAAGCCUGGCUCCAAGUCCCUUCCCGCGCCGUACGUCAAGGUCUACCUGCUGAACAAUGGGGCCUACGUCGCCAAGAAGAAGACCAAGAUUGCGAGGAAAACGCUGGACCCGUUGUACCAGCAAGCGCUGCAGUUUGAGGAGAGCCCGCAGGGGAAAGUGUUGCAGGUGAUCGUCUGGGGGGAUUACGGACGCAUGGACCACAAGAGCUUCAUGGGAGUUGCACAAAUCCUAUUGGAGGAGCUGGACUUAUCGAGCACCGUGAUUGGUUGGUACAAGUUGUUCCCACCUUCCUCCCUGGUGGACCCCACGCUAGCCUCCCUCACCAGGCGGGCUUCCCAGACCUCUCUGGACAGCUCUUCCGGACCCCCGGGGGUCCGGUCGUAGGCCCCCCCCCCCCCCCCCCCCCCCCCCACCGUAAGACUUUGAUGAUGAUGAAUUCAAAAUACUUGGACGUACUGUAGACAAAGAAGAAACAAAUACAUAUUUAAAAAAAAGAGCUAAAAACAGCCAGUGGUGACUACGUAGAACAACAACAAUCAGAAUCAGAGUCGCAAUGAGAAAGCUUUGUUGAGAUCUGACAAUCACUCCUGUCUCGUUUUAAGUUCUUCUGCCGUAGGAAGCUCUGCAUUUUGAUUCUUUUGUGUCAUUUCAAGGCUAGAUUUCAUACUCUGUUUGUAUGGAAGACUCCCUGGGGCUGUUGCCCUCGGCGACCCCCCCCCCCCCCCCCCCCGCCCCCCGGGCGUGGGUUAAAAAAAAAAAGGCACAAGUGGCAGUUAGUAGAGACGGGAUUAUUCAAAUAAAAGCAGGGUGGUUCGAUUCCCAUUUCAACAAUAAAGGAAAAACGUCUGCAAACGUGGGAUUGUGUGGAAUGUAUGGACCUGGGAAACAGGAGGCAAUCACCCUCCGAGCCUGCAGGGGGCACUCUCCGGUCCCGGUCUGCAGUGGCCUCCUCCUCCUCCUCCAGUAACACAAUGAAUAAAGACUGCCGGCAGGUUGCCUUUUCUGUAGGGUGUGUUGCGUUGAAGCACAGGGCCUUCAUCUGGUGCCUAGACCUUCGAGCUGCAGCACUGGUCCUCGUUUUGUGUCGGAAAAAAAGAUCUGUUUUCAGUAUGUUUACCAUAGGGGGCGUGGCCUCCUCUCUCUGGCCCCGCCCCCUCUCUGUUUUAGUGUUUUUACUUUCAUGUUUCCUCCUCUUCUUUGUUACUCCUUGCACAAAAAUGUUUUUCAAAACUCGUAAAAAAAUUGUCCAUGGUUGUGUUGUCGGUCUGACGUGUGCAUGAAGAAGAAGAAGAAGAAAAAAAAAGCAAGUGAUGAAAUGGAAAAAACGAAAAAAUACUACAACUCAAAGAUUGACUUCUGCAGAUGUACCCGCCCACAUGUAAUGCAGGGAGAGGAGUCUGAUGGGCGCACAUCUUAACUUUCUACACGAUUAUGAGAUUAGCGUGCAAUGUUGUUUUUUCUUUGUUCCACCACUGGCCAACGCUCCAGUCGUCUUUGUAUAGAUGUACAAUAGGCCUCGACGGAGGUGACCAAUAAAAUAGAUUUUAUUGCCACGAGGGAAUCACCUUACUGUACAAGCAUAUAUCUAUGUUCACUCUUGCAAGAACAAAAAGGGGGUAUACCUUUUUGGUUUUGUUUUUCGAGGCGAGUCGACCCCUUAACCCUUCGCACAUGUUCAGGAUUUGUAUCCUAUCUUCGGUUUACAUUGUUUUGAGAUUUAACGGCAAGCACAAGAGCUUGAUUUUUUAUGACAAACAUCUAACUUUUUGAAGAAAACAAUGAGAAAAAAGACAAAAAAAAAAAAGUCCUAAUGUGCAUCUCUGCGAAUGUGCAAGUAACCAAUCAAAUCAAUCUGUCAGGACACUCUCGACCAAUGAUCAUCCUCCCCUGGACUCACAGACCUGGAAUAUUGGGAGCCGGCAUGACUUUGGACCGCCCCCCCCCUUCCAAACUGCAUGCACAUUUUUUUAUGAAACAAAAACAGUUAGUUCAGAGAGAAAAGAAUACCUACUGAACUACAUACAUGUGUUAUUUCCACAUACGGUAGGCCGGCUUGUAUGUUGCAUGCAGUUGUACAGUUUGCUCGUCCUCGAAUAUUACAUUUGAAAAAAACAAAACAAGACAGAAGCCAUUCCCGAAAGUCAUCCUGCGAAGACAUUCGAAAUACAGCUGCAGUCUAGUCCACGUCUCUCUCUCUCUCUCUCUCUCUCGCUCUCGCUCUCGCUCUCGCUCUCUAACUCUGUCUCUCUCUCUCUACCACUCUCUGUCGCUGUCUCUCUCGUGCGCUCCUCCUGCUAUCUUAAUCUUCUCCCUCUCUGUCCCUGUCUCUCUACCUAUUUCUUUACCUCUUUCUCUCUCUCUCUACCUCUCUUUCUCUACCUCUCUCUAUCUCUCUCUAUCUUUCUAAGUCUCUCUCUCUCUCUCUCUCUCUCUCUCUGUCUCUGUCUCUGUCUCUCUCUGUCUCUCUGUCUCUGUCUCUCUCUCUCUCUCUGUCUCUCUCUCUCUCUCUCUCUCUGUCUCUCUCUCUCUGUCUCUCUGUCUCUCUCUCUCUCCAUUCUGGUGCUGAAUGUCUCAAACAACUCAAGAUUACGUUGAUGUCUUCUCCCCUACUCUACGGCAGUCGUACUGUAACGUACAGUCGUUCUAAACAGACCUCACUGCUUCCCUACUGUUAACCCACAUCAUAGUAUACCUCUACAGGCCCGGGGAGAUGUAUGCAUAUCAUUCUAUAUAUAUUAAAUACUAAUAUUUUAUUUAUAUAUGGGAAAAUAUCCAGUAUGUCUCACCAGAGCGAUUUAUUUCAGAUAAACAGAACUGAAAACGAACUGAUCGAUUUAUUGAAAGCGCGACUGCAGAUGCACACAAAGAUGUAAAUACCCGGCAGCCAUCCGUGGACUAUAGUGAUAUCUGCAGAGGGCCUAUGGCGCAGAACGUUGAUCCCGACGCAUCUCUGGGGAGCAGGGAGUGUGUCCUCUGAGCGUUUGAACAGCGCCUGACCCCGGUUCCGAUGGCUCCCAGAUCUCUCCAACCUAAACAUUGACCACUUAGGCCAUAGAAGUCGCUGGUGUAUCACCACCCUAAAAUCUGUUGUGUCAACACUUCCUUGUUCUUUAAACCCCAAUGUCUUUUCCUAACCCGAGUCAUGGUACCCCCCCCCCCCCCUGUAAAGGAGAUUAUUUUCUCAACAUCAGAUGAGGCUGUUUUGUUUUUUUGGGAUUAUAAUUACCGUCAAAUCUUUUUUAUUUUUUAUUUUCUUUAUCAGUGUUAUUGGGAAAAAUGCUGAUUGUUUACAAUUCAUGUGUUCCACUGAAACAACAACGAAAAAGAAAAUAAGUAUUCACUGCAACAUUUCUUGUUUGUAUAACAGAUGUCGCUCAGAUGAUGUGUAUGUUUUAUAUUUUAAAAAAAAGUUAAUUUUUAUUAUUUACAAAUAAAAGAAUGUGUGGAAGAAA